AUGGCUAAUACACUUGCAGAGCUAAUAUUCAUCCCUGCCCCUGGGGUCGGUCAUCUCAAGUUAACCAUGGAGAUCGCAAAAUUACUUGUGAAUCGAGAUCAACGUCUCUUCAUAACCGUCCUUGUCAUCAAGCCUCUUAGCGUGAGUUCUGGCACAGCCGUCACUGCCUACAUAGAAUCAUUAGCUGAAAACAACAUGAAUCACAUAUCCUUCAUUCUACUACCUCAAGAUGAAACCCAACCGUUUCAUGACCCAAAAGAUCCGAGCAAUUCCCCAAUAGAGUUCAUCAAUAGUCACAGCAAAUAUGCUAGAAAUGCGGUUACUGACUUGAAAAGUCAACCAGGUUCGCGUUGGAUUGUUGGGUUUGUCGUUGACAUGUUUUGCACCAGCAUGAUUGAUGUGGCUAAUGAGUUUGAUGUUCCAACCUUCGUUUUCUUUACGUCUAAUGCUGCUUUUCUUGGAUUUACAUUAUAUAUUAAAACACUCUGUGAUGAUCUGAACAGAGAUGUUGUUGACCUGAGCAACUCAGGAACCGAGAUAUUGGUUCCAAGCUUUGUCAAUCCGGUGCCAACCAAAGUAUUUUGGAGUGGCGUCAAGACUAGAUCUGGACUGGAUUUUGUUCAGUGGUUUGCCCGGAAACUUGGAGAGGCAAAAGGAAUCAUCGUUAAUACAUUCUUGGAUCUAGAAACACACGCGAUAGAGUCCUUGUCUGCUGACACUAGCAUCCCGCCUUUGUAUCCGGUGGGACCCAUACUCAACUUAGAAGGCGGUUCUGGUGGUGGGAAACCUUUUGACGAUGACGUCGUUAGGUGGUUGGAUAGUCAACCAUCUUCCUCGGUUGUGUUUUUGUGUUUUGGGACUAAUGGAAGUUUUGAUGAGGUCCAAGUGAAGGAGAUAGCACGUGGACUAGAGCAGAGCGGAUACCGUUUCGUGUGGUCCCUACGUCGACCUCCGUCAGAUCAAACAUCAAGGGACCCAAGCGAUUAUGAGGAUCCGAGUGUGGUACUGCCAGAAGGGUUUUUGGAACGAACACGUGGAAUAGGGAAGGUGAUUGGGUGGUCCCCACAGGCGCCGGUGCUGGGUCAUGAAGCAAUUGGAGGGUUCGUGUCCCACUGUGGGUGGAACUCAUUGUUGGAGAGCUUAUGGUUCGGUGUACCAACAGCAACAUGGCCGAUGUACGCUGAGCAACAUAUGAACGCGUUUGAAAUGGUGGUGGAGUUGGGUCUGGCGGUGGAGAUAGAGUUGGAUUAUAUGAAGGAUUUGUAUAAUACCAAGGCUAAUACAAUCAUUGUGACAGCUGAACAGAUAGAAAGUGGGAUAAGACGGUUGAUGGAGGAUAACGAGAUUAGAAGAAAAGUGAAAGAGAUGAGUGCGAAGAGUAGAUCAGCUGUGGUGGAGGGCGGCUCAUCAUAUGCAUCUAUUGGUUGUCUGAUUCAAGAUUUUGUAAGGGACAACUUUUGAUCUGGACUUCUGAUUGUUGUGUUUUCUUGUUAAAGUUGGAAGUGUUUUUUUCAAGUGUUGAUGUAACCACAAAAAUAGUGUUGAUAACAAUCCUACUUUAUGGUUC